CAUGAAUUUAAUCGUGAAUGUGGCGUGUGUUGUUUGGGAAAUUUCAUGUCGUAAAUAAAUUAGUUUCAAAAGAUCACUUUUUACAGUUAUAACUCAAGUUCAUGUGUGUUAUGAGAUUAAUCAGUUGAGAGAACUGCUGUCUAUAUCGGCAAGUUAACUUAAGAGGUUGUUUAGUUUUGGUAUUUUGUCAUAUGUUGCACGCCUGCCUUGGGAUCUUGAAGCAUACAAAAAAAUAAUAAGUUAUUCCGAUGCUAAAUUGAUAAUGCCAAAUAGACGCAACCAGUCUUCCGGCGCAUUAUUUCGACUACUUGUGACAAUGCGGUGCCUUAUGAUUGAAUGUAUUUACUGAAAUCUUUAUUGCUCUUCCAUAAUGAUAGUCAGAGCUGACGCUGAAUAGUGUCAUAAUGAGUCACAAUCUGGCGGGAAUGCCAUCUUACAGGCUACCAGGGCCAGGGUUAGGACCUCCAGACUUCAAGCCUCCGAUGGAUACACCUACUCCACAAGCUUCAGCCCCAAGUAAUCCUAAGAAGCGGAGAAAGACGUCUAAUGCUAGUAAUGCCCUGACACCACAGCCUCCACCAACAGCUCAAGAUUUGCUUCCACCUCCACUCACAGGAUAUGGAGAUACCAUUGUAGCAUCCAAUCCUUUUGAUGAUUCUCCUUCUACAGUGUCCCACAAUGGACCAAUGAUGAAUCAAAAUGGACCUAUGAUGAGUCAGAACAAUUCGAUGGGAAUGAUGGGUCCCAUGCAUGGUAUGGGAGGCCCUCCAAUGAGACACAUGAGCCCUCUGCCACACAGCAUGAGCCCUAUGAAUCAGCAAAUGCCACCUAGAGGAGGAAUAAGUCCAAUGGGCAAUAUGAGCCCUAUGGGACAUAUGGGAGGCAUGUCGCCAAUGGGAGGCCCAAGUAUGGGAAUGAGUAAUCAUAGUAUGGGACCUGGCAUGGGACCAACAUCAAGAUCAAUGGGUAGUCCUAUGAGCCCAAUGAAUUCUAUGCCUAUGGGAUCUCCUAUGUCUNCUUCCGGCGCAUUAUUUCGACUACUUGUGACAAUGCGGUGCCUUAUGAUUGAAUGUAUUUACUGA